AUGGAUGAGCUAUGCUUUGUGAAGAUCUGCUUCUGCCAUGAGUGGAGGAACCUACUGCAUCUUAGAGACAAAAAGGAGAACAGGACUUUAUUUUUUCCAUACAGAAAACACAACUACCAGCAGGAAGCUGAGAAUAGCUGCAUCUAUGUCAACAAGUCAAUGAAUUGACAUAAAUCCUUGCAGAAGUCACAGGACCUGACUUUUCUCUGAAUGAAAGUCCACUCAUGAUGGAACAGACAAGUAGAAGUAGUGAACCUCCACUCUCAUGGUGCAAGCGCUGAGGACACCAUAAAACUAUUCAUAUGUCCUGCCCCUCAUGACGACCACUGCUGGAGGGAAGACAUUUCCUAG